UGCGCCAUCCUCACUUGGCCUGGUCAUCCCACUCAGAGACCGGACGAACGACUCAGCACGGAUGGAUGGCAAGGACAAGGCGUGACGCCGCGACGAAGCCAUGAGCAGCUCAGGCUUGCAGUGCUGCUCAGCGUCCAGGCUCUAUAAAAAGUCUUUGGUCGUCCCCGACACGGGGGGGAGAAGUCGCAAACGGUAUGCGAGAAAAGAUGUUCUGCGGCGCGGGCAAUUUCAAGGACGUCGACAAGGAGGAGGGCGCGGCCGCCGCCGGCGCCGCCGCCGGGAAGCCGGCCGCCGCCAAGGCGAAGACGAAGGCGAAGCAGGGGAAGAACAGCAACCCCUACGCGUCGCGGGGGCUGGACAAGUUCUCCGUCGUGCUGUCCGAGCUGGAGUCCAAGCGGGAGAAGAUCCUGCGGCGCGCCGGCUCGGACGUCGACGCCGACCAUCUCAUGGUCCGGUUCGUGCAGUCGGAGAAGAAAGGGUGGGUGCCCAUCGUCGUCAAGCUCCCGCACGAGGAGGAGGAGCAGGCUGCCGCCGGCGCCAAGAAGAGGCAGGGCAAGCAGAGCAGCAAGCCGGCCUCGCAGUCGUCGUCGGCGCCGCCCACGGAGCCUUCCAGCCCCAAGGAAGACCCCGUGGCGGUGCAGGCGAAGGCAACCGUGCCGCCGGCGAAGAAGAGCAAGGCCGGCGGCGUGAGGUGGUCCUGGGCGUGGGGAAGGAAGAUGGUGAUGAGGCCGUGCUAUUACUGGCCGCUGGCCAUGACGCUGCUGCUGCUGUGCCUCGUGGUGUUCGGGAGGGUGUUCGCCAUCUGCUGCACCUCCAUUUGGUGGUACCUCUUGCCGAUCUUGAACGGGGAGGAAGCCCUGGGCGCCGGGAGAUCACCGGCGACGACGGCGACGAAGGCACGCAAGGAUGUUGGCGGCAUCAAGGCCGGCGACAAACUAGCGGUGGCGCCGCGUGACUCGCAUGGCAAGAGGAGUAGCAGCGCUGGCGCCGCUCAUGAGAUUAUUUCAGCCAGAAGCCAUGCACAUCGAAAGAAGGGGUAAUUUGCAGGGUGUCUUGUGAAUUGUGAUGUAUAUAGUUGUGUAGUUGGGUGGCCAGAAAGAUCAAAUUUUCCAGGUUAUCUUUCCUCCCUUUGUUAGAGUUGAUUUUACUCCUCUUUUCGUGCCUGUAAAAAUGUACAUCAGCAGCCCCUUUUGUGUGUGGCUA